CCCCUUUUUUUUCUGUCUCUCUUACAGUGAAUCUGACGCCAAAAGUGAAUGUGUCAAAAAUAAAAUCCAGUUGGGCUCACCAACCAAUCAGAUAUCACCUUCAUUGAUGUAUGUAUGAGUGUGCGGGGACAAAUCCUUGUGCCCCUUGCCCUUUUUUUUUGAAAACAAAAUCGAUUUAUAAAUGGCAACUACACAAUUAGUUAGACAAGCCAUUGCUAAACCCUUGUCGAAAAUAUCCAACACAAGUGAGCAAAAGAUUCUUGGGAUAUUAAGUACACCCAAAGUCGCCUUAAAACAUCAGUUCGGUAUACCCAUUCCGCGAUUAACAGCUCACGAACCUAAUGCUGUGAACUACUGUAAAGAGCUUGCUGGCAAGUUUGAACCAAACCAAUAUAUCACAAAAGUUACGCCGGUAGGAAACUUCUUACAUUUUGAUGUACAUCCUACCACCUACAUACAAACAACAUUGGAUCAAGUAUCGAACGAAAAAGGCCUUUACGGAACAUCUACUCGCGAAAAAGAAGAGACAGUAUUGAUAGAUUAUAGUUCACCUAAUAUUGCCAAACCAUUUCAUGCAGGUCAUCUAAGAAGCACCAUUUUGGGAAACUUUAUAAAGCGCAUCCAUGAUGCAUGCGGAUACAAGACAAUCGGCAUCAACUAUUUAGGAGAUUGGGGAAAGCAGUACGGAUUAUUAGCAAUCGGUUUUAAAUUAUUUGGAGACGAAAAUUCAUUACUGAAAGACCCUAUACAUCAUCUCUAUGAAGUCUAUGUAAAGAUCAAUAAGCUCGCUAAAGAAGAUCCUGAGAUUGAUGCGCAAGCAAAUGCUUAUUUUAAAUUAAUGGAACAAGGCGAUAAGGAAGCGCUUAGUCAAUGGAAAAGAUUUCGCGAAUUAAGCAUUGACUCCUACAAACAUAUUUAUAAACGACUUAACAUCAAUUUUGACGUCUAUUCGGGUGAAUCACAAACAGAGCCUUAUAUUGCACAAAUUUACAGCAUGUUGGAAAAGUACGAAUUAAUUAAGGUUUCUGAAGAUGGUGCAUGGACUAUAGAUUUGGAAGAAUACAAGCUUGGAAAAGCCAUUAUAAAACGUGCCGAUGGUACUAGCCUAUACAUGACGCGUGAUUUAGCAAGUUUAGCAUUGCGCAGGGAUAUGUUUGGUCAGUUUAAAAAGGCUAUCUAUGUGGUGGGAACAGAACAAGAACUCUAUCUGAAACAACUGUUUAAGAUUAGUGAGUUGAUAUCACAACAUGACAAGAAAUGGCCCACAGAGCUGUACCAUGCUAACUUUGGUCGUGUUUUGGGUAUGUCCACUAGAAAGGGAACUGUCGUGUUUUUGCAAGAUAUUUUAGACACUGCUAAAGAACACAUGUUGGAAAGUAUUCAGGCAGGAAAUCAAUUAAAAUUGAAUGAUUUGUUACAGGAAGAUAGAUUAGAUCCCGUAGCAGAGAAUUUGGGUUCAUCAGCUGUGAUAAUUCAAGAUAUGGUGGCAAAACGUGUUAAAAAUUACGAAUUCUCUUGGGAUCGAAUGACGGCUGCUAAAGGAUACACAGGCGUCUUUCUUCAGUACACUCAUGCACGUAUGUGCGGGAUUGAACGUAAUGCAAAUAUACCGAUUAAUAUGAAGGCAGAUACAUCUUUAUUACACGAAAAAGAAGCAUUUGAGUUAGCAUUGACCAUAUCGCAAUUUCCUGAUAUUGUCCAAUCAUCAUGUCAAUCAAUGGAUCCUUGUGUACUUGUUCAAUAUCUGUUUAGACUGGCGCAUGUUACUGGACAAGCUAAUUCUACAUUACGCGUCAAGGGAGCGGAUAAAGACACGGCGGAAGCUAGACUAUUGCUCUUUUGGGCUGCUAAAACUACCUUGGCGAAUGGAUUGAAAUUAGUUGGCAUUGAUCCUUUAAACCGCAUGUAAAAAGCUGGUCACGUAUUUAAAAUUAAAAUGAAAAUUAAACAAUUCCCUUUUUCUU